AUGAGCUAUCCGUUUUCAGCACAACUCGGGUACUACAUCUCAUUGAUAGUUGCUACGAUAACAAGAUUUUACCAUAUAGAUAAACCAAAUCAAGUAAUUUUCGAUGAAACUCAUUUUGGUAAAUUCGCAUCAUAUUACUUAGAAAGGACGUAUUUCUUUGACUUACACCCACCGUUUGCCAAAUUAAUCAUCGCAUUGACUGGAUAUCUUUUCAAUUACGAUGGAAGUUUCAAAUUUGAUAGUAUUGGCGAUUCUUAUGACAUACCAGAUCAUGCGCCGCCUUUCGUUGCAUAUCGCUCUUUGAAUGCCACUUGUGGUGUAAUUACUGUCGGUGUGGUCUACAAAAUCAUGCAGCGUUUAGGGUUCAAGCCAUUGACUUGUAGUACUAGUGCUUUGUUGGUCGCCCUUGAUAAUGGGCAUAUUAUCCAAUCAAGAAUCAUCACUUUGGAUUCUAUCUUGGUUAUGUGUAUAAGUUUGACCUUUUACUCUUACAUCAGAUUCCACAAGUGUCAAUCCAGGGCAGCGUUUACCCGUGAAUGGUAUACCUGGCUUUAUCUUACUGGUGUAUCACUUUCCCUGGUUAUAUCAACGAAGUAUGUCGGUCUCAUGACAUACAUGGCAAUCGGAACCUCUGUUUUGAGAAACUUAUGGCGUAUCUCAGAUAUUGAGAGGAAACUGAGCAAAAGAGUUGUAACAAGACAUUUUUUUAAGAGAUUGAACGGAUUAAUAUUUGGACCUCUCAUUAUAUAUCUAUUUUGGUUUUGGGUGCAUUUCACAAUUCUAACCAAAUCUGGCCCCGACGAUGAAUUCAUGUCAGUAAGAUUUCAAGAAACAUUGCUCAAUUCAGCGGUAGGUCACCCACAACUAAACUAUCACGAUAUAGUUGUCAUAAAUCAUAAACAAACGAAUACAUUUCUCCACUCUUGUGAUGUUCAGUACCCUUUAGUUUAUGAAGAUGGUAGGGUAUCAACAGAGGGUCAACAAGUUACUUGUCACGCAUUCAAUGACACGAAUAAUGAAUGGGAAGUCAUACCCACUAAAGUUUUUUCACCGGUUGAUAAGAUUCAGCCUGUUCUUUUGAACGAUACAGUUCAAUUGAGGCACGUAAAGACAAAUACGCUAUUACUGACACAUGAUGUUGCUUCACCCUUAGACGCUACGACUGAAGAGGUUACUACAGUUUCCUUUGAUGCAGGUAUGAACGACUUUUAUCAGGAGACAUUAUUUCAAUUGAAGCCUAUUUUAUCUAAUGAUGUGGGACUUAAAAUUAGAGAGAAACGUACACCUUUUCGACUUUUCCAUAUUGACACCGAAGUAGUGCUUUGGACACAUAACGAUACUUUGUUACCGGAGUGGGGGUUUGAACAGCAAGAAGUUUGUGGUGUGAGGAAAGCCAGGUCAUUCGAAGACAAUUGGAUUAUUGAUCAAAUCUUAACGGAACAUGAACAGGAAGAUCACGAUAAUGGUGACGAUAAAUUAUUGAAGGAGGUACCGUUUUUUGACAAAUGGUCAGAAUUACAAAAAUCUAUGCUGAUACAUAACAAUCUGAUCCCUAAAUACCAUCCAUAUGCAUCCGAACCAUAUACCUGGCCUGCGAGUAUAUCAGGAAUAUCGUUCUGGUCAGAUGCUUCGACAAGGAGGCAGAUAUAUUAUAUCGGAAACAUAAUAGGGUAUUGGUUUCAAAUUAUCUCGAUAAUGCUGUACUGUGGUAUCAUCGUUAUGGACCAAUUAACUAGAAAACGUGGAGUUUUCAUCUUGAAAAGAAAGAUCAGGGAUAAGCUGUAUGGUCCUUUACUAUUUUUGUUCAUUUCGUGGUCAUGGCAUUAUUUUCCAUUUUAUUUGAUGUCACGGCAAAAGUUCUUGUACCAUUACUUGCCAGCCCAUUUGAUUUUGAGUUUAUUUGCACCUGGGUUAUGGGAAAUACUAUUAAGUGAUUUCAAGAAUGUAGACAAGUCAAGAGAGGAGGAACGUGACGUUCAAUCGGAGGACGGUCCAAAAGUGAAUGAUACAAAAUUAUGUUGCAUAUUUGGCAUUUUAAUAGCCAUGCUAUUUGGAUUUUUCUUUUUUUUUGCACCGUUGAUAUAUGGUAAUCGUGGACUGUCACCCAUGCAGAUACAGAAUAGAGAAUGGCUUGACAUAAAACUGGACUUCGAGGAAUAA